AUGGAGAGGAGAUCUUUGUUUUUAUUUUUAUUGGUUUGCACUUUCGGUGCGUCGGCUGCGGAAUGUGAACAUUGCAAUGUUACAAACUAUGAGUUGGUGUUGGAGCAGCUGGAGUUGUUCUAUCAGCAUGUCUCGAUCAGGGCGAUUUUGCACGUAAGUAGGGAAGUUAUAAAGAGCGAUUCUCAUAUUUUAAAAGAGUAUUUCGCACACACUCUUAUUAGCCGAGAUUGUUAAUUUAAGUCUGUCGGGAAAAUAACGUGGAUUUGCAUGAUAUUUCAAAGACUAUUUAAAUUUUCAAAAUGACAAGGGAGUUUUCUACAAAAAUUUUCGAUGAAACAGUUUUUUUACAAUUUUCAAAACACAAUGUAACAUGUUAUACUAUGAAAUUUUUUUUCGUAUAACAUGUCACCUCAUACUUUUAAAAAAUUCGACAAAGUUUUAAUCGUAUAAAAUGUCGGCCGUCAUGGCUUUGUGAGGCUAGCCGCGGCCGGAGAUUAGCUCACCUCGUCUAUCCCGACGAAGUCAGCUGUUUUCUGCGACAGUCAACAUUAUUUCCCCGACAGACUGAUCAAAACGCCCUGAGGCAUCCGAGAAUCAGGUUGUAUGUAUCUCCAACAGAGGCUGACGCCUUUCACAUUCCAGAUGAAAGCCCAGCGAGAGUUGGCCAAGCUUCCGUAUUCCGACACAAUCUCCUUCAACGACUGCUUUAAAAGCGCGAAAACAGUGGCGCAGAUCUCCAAAUGUGUUGCAAAAGUAUUGGACGCCAGAAACCGGAACGCGGCGCUACAAGAAAACAGUCGACGGCUGAAGAAAUACAAAUUGUUCCGGCGCCAAAUUGAGCUCUCCAAGCAACCAAGAAUAAUAGCCAAACCAAGGCCGGAACGGCUUCAGAUUUAUGCAGCCAAACGGACUAAACGAAUGAUCUCAACUCACUACGGUAUGUGAAGGGCGAUAUAGGCUGUGAGAAUGAUGUUUUCAGCUCUAAAAUCUCAGAACUGUAAACUCAGGAACAAUGUCAAGGAUCUCCUCAAAUUUCAAGAAUAUUUCUCAAAGAUGGACGAAGUUACCGACUUCCUGCAUAACAUCACCAAAGAUAAUCAAAAGUGUGUUAUCCAUAGCAUACGGUUAUUCAAUUUUUAUCUCUCGUUCCAGUUUUUUACGACGAUCUGGAUUGGAUGUGGAAUUUAGAGCCAAGUUCCCAGAUCUCAACCUGAAUGACACUGUUUUUGACGGAGCCGAUGAUGAGAAUGCGUCGUCCUGGCUCUCACCCAAGUUGUUUAGUUUAUAUCAUCAUGCAUCGAAGGAGGGGAACGACACUCUUUCACCGGAGAUUUUCAGUUUUCAAGACUCUGGCAUUGCCCCGUUGCCAAGACUUUUAAGGGUAUGUGUUUUCGCUUGGUUGUAAAAUCAACUAGGCACUUGGAAAUGAACGCACGUCAAGCUGAGGAGUCCGGUGACCAGAAUAGACCCUUCGCUAUCGGUUUUUACACUUCAUCUUGAUUGCACAGAGAAGACAGAGAACAGACGCGCAAAAAUGUACUCUCUCGCCCCAAAAACUCCCCAUUUCUUCCCCGACAAAAAUUUUUUUCGCACCUUUUUUUGGCGAAUCGCCAAUCUGUUCACCGGACCGUUUUAGCUUAUUUCAGUUUGACGUGCUUGGUCUUUCAGAUGUCCACUUCAUCCGAAUGCGACACCCUACGUCUCCUGAGCUUUUUCCUGGAUAUAACCGGCGGUUCAACGCAAUUGAAGAAGAUCUUCGACAGCUAUGGAGAACAUAUCCAAUUCGUCCUCCAGGUGCUUCAUCCCAAGAUUUUAAAGGAAAAGAAGAAUGAAAAAAUCCACCAAGAAGUCCAGAACCUCAUGAGCGAUGAGCAAAAGGAGGACAUGCGAAGAAAUGGCUACACCGCUUUGAGCAAGGGUCAGCUCGAACUCGUGUAUGGAGAAAAUGGGGUCACAAAGUCGGAGGAGCUGCAGAGAUACGACAAAAACUAUGAGGACGAGCUGGAGGAGGCUGUCCAUCAACUGGCAACGUGGGAAGCUCCUAAAGGUGUGAGAAGUAAGUCGCAAGUCCAUUUUGACCCCCAAGUGGAGCUGUUUAGACUCGACAAGACCCAAACGCUUCAUUUACAUCCCGGCCCUGAAGACCUCUAUCUUCAAGGCUCGGAUUUUUGAUCCGGUUGCCUUCAGUUACCGUAUUGAUAUGAACAAGAUAAUGGGUCCAAGUAUUUUCGCUCCUCACGCGUUCUUCAUGCAUAUUCUCGCCGGCACCCUUCUUUCCGUAAGCACUUUGCGAAUUAUGAGCCCUUCUGCUGACCUUGACUUGGCCAACCCAAUUUCAGAUGCAUAUUAUUGCGCCGAGAACGUUUAUGUUGGCGGUGAUGGCGCCCAGUGUUCUUGUUCUUCGUGUGCUCUCGCCGACCGCCUUCCGGUUGCAGAUUUUGGUGCCGCAAACAAUGAAUGCGGCCGUGCUCACACCGGAGGCCUUCCUCUUGAACGUUUUGGCGCCGAAAGCGGGCGAUGCAAGAGUGGCGUCGCCAGAGGCUUUGGUGGCGCAGGUUCUGAGCCCGAGUAAGUGAAACUCGAGUGAAAGCUGGCAUGUAUGGCUGGGAAGUUAUAAAUCUUGGUGUGUUCGGAAAACGUGACAAUUAAAGAACGAUGAUAUUUAAAAAAAUGUGCGGUGCUAUAAAAAACGAAUGUAUGUGGCUAGGAGUACUCCCUAGAGCAUGGCAAGAAGAUUUUUGGCCAUUGCAAAGGUUCUCGCUGCGAAAAAAUCCAGAAAAUCUGUCGCCCAAAUUUUUGCAUCGCAAAAGUUUUGAGCCCAAUUUUUUUGUUGGUACUCUUGUGAGUGCUCCUUACAAUAUAUGGCCGUUAUAGUAUAUAACACUGACAUUUUUUAAAUAGGUGUCAUCAUGACACCUUUUCUGGACACACAAAGAUUUAUAAGUCUCUCGAUUUAUGAGCCACACAAAUAUGUAUCAUUAUCUCUUUGAAUUGUAAUUUUCAGCGUUUGGCGGAACAAAAAUUGGCUCACCAAACAUCCUCUGUCUCUACGUUCUCAGCCCCUCAUUCCUAACGUACAACUACUACUCAGGAAAUCGAUAUGUUGUACAAAUUUUGUCUCCCGCAUUCCUGGGAGCUCGAAGUAAUCCGUUCUUCAAAAGUAACACCUAA